AUGGAACCAAACCCACCACGGCGCAUUUUAGCAGCACCAGAACCAAAAGCAUCCAUGGAUCACACCCUCAAAAAACAGACGAAGCCCUCCAUUUCUCAACACCUAUCUAAUAACCUAGAUUCUUCCAUGCCCUGUAAACCCUCUUCCAUUUCCAGCAACAGCUCUAGAGUCAAUACAAGUCAUAGAGUUCGUACUUCACAAAGACCCAGCAGUCAACAAACACUCCCAUCUUUCACUGACACUCGUUUGCAAGCCAAAGCCAUGUCAGUUUCUGCCAUAAUGGGUUCCUCCAAGUCUUCCAUUAAAUCAAAUCCUCAGCCCAAAUCAGUUGGUCCCAAUAUUGAGAAACAGAACAAGACAACAAAGGAAUUAGCUUGCAAAGACAAGUCCCAAAAAUCCAGUAAAGAUGUGGAAAAGAAGAAAUUUGAGGAGGUGGUUGUGAAGAAGAAGAAAGAAGCUCAAGAGGGAUUGGUGGGUUUUAAAGAAAAGCAUGAAUUUGAUAAUAGGAGAUUGUCAGUUUCAUUGAACUCAAACGGUGGCAGAAGGAGAUCCCUCUGUGGCUCACAGGUUCAAUUGGCAGAUGUGCUUGCAAGUUAUGGUGUGAAAAUUGUUUCAGCUGAUAUGCCACCAUUUAUGCAGAUCCAUGCUGUUGAAUGUGCAAGAAAGACACAUGAUAGCCUGGAAAAGUUCACCUCCAAGACUCUUGCUUUGACUCUCAAAAAGGAAUUUGAUGGGGUAUAUGGGCCAGCUUGGCACUGUAUUGUAGGAACCAGUUUUGGGUCUUUUGUGACACACUCUGGGCUUAGUAUUUGUCUAAUUGAGAAAUAUGAAAUCCCUUCUUCUGGCCCUUUUGGUCAGAGACUCAGAGGCCCCUACGGGCUACACUCACAAACCCUUUAG